AUGUGCGCAGCUAUGGAAAAUCUGGAUUUGGAUGUGGUGAAUCGGCAGUACUUUUUCGAAGGAAAUCAUUUCGUGCACGCGAACGGUAACAGUAACGGCAGUACGACUGGAUCAUCGACCGGCAGUGAUUUGUUUUUUUAUGAUGAGAACAGUAGCGAUUCGGCAGUGUCCAGUUUUUCGUAUGGCAGUGAUCAGGAAAAUCAUUCUGAAUUUAAAGACCGAUUACAUAGACACAGAAGACGUAGCAAAUGUCCUCAGCAACAGAUCCAACAGCGUCAGGCCGCCAACCUGAGGGAACGAAAAAGGAUGCAGUCCAUCAACGACGCCUUCGAAGGACUAAGAGCGCACAUCCCUACGCUGCCGUACGAGAAGCGCUUGUCCAAAGUUGACACGUUGAAGCUGGCAAUAGGAUACAUUAAUUUUUUAGGUGAAUUAGUGAGGACUGAUAAAAAUUCGAAUACGGAAUAUUUCAAUGGACACAACAGAAAUUUGAGGCAGGAUGAACCUAAGAAAAUUAUUAUUCGAGGUGGAGGUGGACUCUACACAGCCCAUUCGUUAUCCUGGUCAAGAGUGAAAGAACCUAAUCCGAAUGGUACGAUGCACGCCAAAAUUUGGAUGCCCGAAGAUCCUAGAGCCAACAAAGAUAGCGCUAAUACCUCUUCUUCGUCGUUUAAUUUAACAACAGAUUAG